AUGGCGAGCCCUACGGAGACCGAAGGCUUUUCGGACGUGCGCAAGGUGGGCUACCUGCGCAAACCCAAGAGCAUGCACAAGCGCUUCUUCGUGCUGCGGGCGGCCAGCGAGGCGGGGGGCCCCGCGCGCCUCGAGUACUACGAGAACGAAAAGAAGUGGCGGCACAAGUCGAGCGCCCCCAAACGCUCGAUCCCCCUGGAGAGCUGUUUCAACAUCAACAAGCGGGCUGACUCCAAAAACAAGCACCUGGUGGCUCUCUACACCCGGGACGAGCACUUUGCCAUUGCGGCCGACAGCGAGGCCGAGCAGGACAGCUGGUACCAGGCCCUCCUGCAGCUGCACAGCCGUGCCAAGGCCCACCACGAUGGGGCCUCCGGCUCUGGGGCGGGAGGUGCCGGGGGCAGUUGCAGCGGCAGCUCUGGCGUGGGCGAGGCUGGGGAGGACCUGAGCUACGGAGACAUGCCCCCGGCCUUCAAGGAGGUCUGGCAAGUGAUCCUGAAACCCAAGGGUCUGGGUCAGACAAAGAAUCUGAUCGGCAUCUACCGCCUGUGCCUGACCAGCAAGACCAUCAGCUUCGUGAAGCUGAACUCGGAGGCCGCCGCUGUGGUGCUCCAGCUCAUGAACAUCCGACGUUGCGGCCACUCCGAGAACUUCUUCUUCAUCGAGGUGGGCCGCUCCGCCGUGACUGGGCCAGGCGAGUUCUGGAUGCAGGUGGAUGACUCCGUGGUGGCCCAGAACAUGCACGAGACCAUUCUGGAGGCCAUGAGGGCCAUGAGCGACGAGUUCCGCCCUCGCAGCAAGAGCCAGUCCUCGUCCAACUGUUCCAACCCCAUCAGCGUGCCCCUGCGCCGUCACCACCUCAACAACCCCCCGCCCAGCCAGGUGGGGCUGACGCGCCGCUCACGCACCGAGAGCAUCACCGCCACCUCCCCGGCCAGCAUGGUGGGCGGCAAACCAGGCUCCUUCCGGGUCCGCGCCUCCAGCGACGGGGAGGGCACUAUGUCACGCCCGGCCUCGGUGGACGGCAGCCCCGUGAGCCCCAGCACCAACAGGACCCACGCCCACCGGCACCGGGGCAGCUCUCGGCUGCACCCACCGCUCAACCACAGCCGCUCCAUACCCAUGCCUUCUUCUCGCUGCUCGCCUUCGGCCACCAGUCCGGUCAGCCUGUCGUCCAGCAGUACCAGUGGCCAUGGCUCCACCUCGGACUGCCUCUUUCCGCGGCGGUCGAGUGCCUCCGUGUCCGGUUCACCCAGCGAUGGCGGCUUCAUCUCCUCGGACGAGUAUGGCUCCAGCCCUUGCGACUUCCGAAGUUCUUUCCGCAGUGUCACUCCGGAUUCCUUGGGCCACACCCCACCGGCCCGCAGCGAGGAGGAGCUCAGCAACUACAUUUGCAUGGGCGGCAAAGGGGCCUCCACCCUGGCCGCCCCCAAUGGCCACUAUAUUUUGCCUAGGGGAGGCAAUGGCCACCGCUACAUCCCCGGGACGGGCCUGGGUACCAGCCCCGCCUUGGCUGUGGAUGAGACAGCCGGGGCUGCGGACCUGGAUAAUCGCUUCCGGAAGAGAACCCACUCGGCGGGCACCUCCCCUACCAUUUCUCACCAGAAGACCCCGUCGCAGUCCUCGGUGGCCUCCAUUGAGGAGUACACGGAGAUGAUGCCAGCCUACCCACCAGGAGGUGGCAGUGGAGGCCGGCUACCCGGCUGCCGGCACUCCGCCUUCGUGCCCACCCACUCCUACCCGGAGGAGGGUCUGGAAAUGCACCCCCUGGAGCGCCGCGGGCCCCCCCACCGGCAGGACACUGAUGAUGGCUACAUGCCCAUGUCCCCUGGUGUGGCCCCGGUGCCGGGCAGCCGCAAGGGCAGCGGAGACUACAUGCCCAUGAGCCCCAAGAGCGUGUCUGCCCCUCAGCAGAUCAUCAAUGCCAUCAGACGCCAUCCCCAGCGAGUGGACCCGAAUGGUUACAUGAUGAUGUCCCCCAGUGGCAGCUGCUCCCCGGAUGUUGCAGGUGGGCCCAGCAGCAGCAGCAGCAGCAGUGGUGGCGGUGGAACCGGCAACACCAGUGCUCCUGCUUCUGGGAGCAGCUAUGGCAAGCUGUGGACCAAUGGGGUGGCGGGCCACCACCCCCAUGCUCUGCCUUCCCCUAAACCCGCCGUGGAGAGCAGUGGUGGCAAGCUCUUACCUUGCACAGGUGAAUACAUGAACAUGUCGCCAGUGGGUGACUCCAACACCAGCAGCCCCUCCGACUGCUACUACGGCCCCGAGGACCCCCAGCACAAGCCAGCCCUCUCCUACUAUUCAUUGCCAAGGUCCUUUAAGCACACCCAGCGUCCAGGGGAGCUGGAGGAAAGUGCCCGGCCCCAGCAUCUCCGCCUUUCCUCCAGCUCUGGUCGCCUUCUCUAUGCUGCAACCGCUGAAGAUUCUUCAUCCUCCACCAGCAGUGACAGCCUGGGAGGUGGCUACUGUGGAGCCAGGCCGCAGUCUGGCCUCCCACAUCCCCACCAUCAUGUCUUGCAGCCCCACCUGCCCCGAAAGGUGGACACAGCUGCUCAGACCAACAGUCGCCUGGCUCGGCCCACGAGGCUGUCCCUGGGGGAUCCCAAGGCCAGCACCUUGCCUCGGGUCCGAGAGCAGCAGCCGCAGCAGCAGCAGCAGAAGCAGCAGCAGCCACUGCUGCACCCUUCGGAGCCCAAGAGCCCAGGGGAAUAUGUGAAUAUUGAAUUUGGGAGUGAUCAGCCUGGUUACUUGUCAGGGCCUGUGGCUCCCCACAGCUCUCCCUCUAUCAGGUGCCCUCCGCAGUUCCAGCCAGCCCCCAGACAGGAGGAGACAGCCAAUGAGGAGUACAUGAACAUGGAUCUGGGGCCUGGCCGGAGGGCCACUUGGCAGGAGAGUGCCGGGGCUGAGACAGGCAGAGUGGGCCCUGCCCCUCCUGGGGCUGCUAGCGUGUGCAGGCCAACCCGGGCAGUGCCCAGCAGCCGAGGGGACUAUAUGACCAUGCAGAUGGGCUGUUCCCGCCAGAGCUAUGUGGAUACCUCCCCAGCCGCCCCUGUCUGCUACGCUGACAUGCGGACAGGCAUUGCUGCCCAGGAGGCCAGCCUGCCCCCGGCCCCUGGGGCUGCUCCUUCCCCAGCCUCGGCUGCCUCUUCUCCCACUGCACCUCAAGGAGCCGCCGAAGUGGUGACCCGCUCUUCCCUGCUGGGGGCGCCUCAAGGAGCUGGGGGCGUGAGUGCCUUCACCCGGGUAACCCUCAGUCCCAGCCGCAACCAGAGUGCCAAAGUGAUCCGUGCAGACCCACAGGGGUGCCGGAGGAGGCACAGCUCCGAGACCUUCUCCUCUACACCUAGUGCCACCAGGGCGGGCAACACUGUGUCCUUCGGAGGGGGUGCCGCAGGAGGGGGCAGUGGUGGUGGCAGCGGCAGCGAGGAGGUGAAACGCCACAGCUCUGCUUCCUUUGAGAAUGUGUGGCUGAGGCCUGGGGAGCUCGUGGGAGCCCCCAAGGAGACAGGCCAAGUGUGUGGGCCCACAGGGGCCUUGGAGAAUGGUCUGAACUACAUAGACCUGGAUUUGGUCAAGGACGUCAAGCAGCGGCCUCAGCAGCGUCCCCCUCAGCCGCAGCCUCCUCCGCCCGCGCCCCCUCAUCCUCACCAGCGCCCGGGCAGCAGCGAGAACUGCUCCACCAGCCGCCCCAGUGAGGAUUUAAGCACCUAUGCCAGCAUCAGUUUCCAGAAGCAGCCAGAGGACCGCCAGUAGCUCAAC